AUGCAGCUCUACAAUGCACUAAGAAUGAUGAUGACGACUAAAGCGUGCACCAUUCCAGUGACAGAGUCAUUACAAGAAGUCCUCACGCAAAAGCCUGUUCGUUUACAAGCUGACAAUACUUACUGUAACUCAACCUUUUGGAGUCUAUACAACUUAGGGUCAAGUGAUAAAUAUAGAUGCAAUGUGGAUUUAAACGCUCUGCUUUCCAGUGGCAGGGAAUAA